UAGCUUGCGCCAUUUUGAAAGUUUUCUGACGCAGUGACCCACCCAGUGCUAGCAGCACAAAUAGUGCUAACAUUGCCAAUAGUACCUAGCAGUAAGGCAACGUGAUCGCGCCGGGGUAAUUUUUCGUGAUCAGACGUAUGUUUUUUCAUCAGUGAUUGAUUGUCGCUCGCAGUGGUAACAGACUAAAUUUAAAACUACUUUAUAUAAAAACAGUUUUCGCAUGUGGAGCUGAAAUUUCUAGAAAUUGACAUUCUUUAAGUGAAGAAGUGUAUGAUAAGUUUUUCGUGAAAAAUGAAAGAGAUAAUUAAGUUAGUUUUAGCGCUUGGAUUCUUUAUUGUUCAAAUAAAGGGCAUUUCGGAGAGGCUUGAACUAGCAUCUGUCGGAGGAAGGUUUGAACCACAGGUUGCUACUUUGUGUGAAUCUGAUGACGUCUAUAUGGCUCAACACAUGGGAGAACAAGGAAGGUGGAUUUCAUCAAAUGAUCAAACAAGUUGUCUGAAGAGUAACUUAGAAAUACUUAAAUACUGCAAAAAGGCUUAUCCAAAAAGGGAUAUUACCAAUAUUGUAGAAUCGUCUCAUUACAUCAGAAUAAGUGGGUGGUGUAAACCAGGAAAAUCCAAAUGCAAAUUAUCUCGAUGGAUAAAGCCUUAUAGAUGUCUAGGACCGUUUCAAAGUGAUGCUCUACUUGUUCCGGAAGGAUGUCUUUUUGAUCACCUUCAUAACCAAACAAAAUGUUGGGAAUCCCAUAGGUGGAAUUCUACAGCAGCAGAUACUUGCAAUGAACGAAAUAUGAACUUAAGAAGUUUUGCAAUGUUACUACCUUGUGGAAUAUCACUUUUUGCAGGAGUUGAGUUUGUGUGCUGUCCAAAAUACCCUGAAGAGAAUGUUAAAUCAAAACAGUACUAUGAAGUUCCAAUUUCUAGAAGUUUUGAUGAAGAUCUCACAGAUAAUAAUGAUGAUGAAGACGAAGAUGAUGAUAAUAAUGAAGAAGAUGAAAUUGAUGGUCAAGAUACAUUAAUUCCUGGCAAUGCUGAAGACUCUGAUUCCAGUUCUGUUGCAGAGAUAGGAAUGGAAGACAUACUUAGUGACCAAUCUGAUGAUCCAGAUAGUGAAGAGUAUUUGGAAGAUUACGAUACUGUAACCAGGAAAAUUUCAACGUCAGUUUCAUCAGUAGAAAAAAAAUACUAUGAGACGACAGUACUGUUUCCUGUAAGUACAGUUAUUUCAACGACUCCUCAAAUACAAGGCACUCAGGACCCAUACAUGACUAAUUUUGAUCCAAGAUCAGAACAUAAAAGUUACAAACAGGCGCAAAUGAGAUUAGAAGAGGUUCAUAAAGAAAAAGUAACUAAGGUAAUGAAGGACUGGAGCGACUUAGAAGAGAGAUAUCAGGAUAUUCGAGCUCGAGAUCCAAUUAAAGCAGAUGAGUUCAAAAGAUGGAUGACAACUAAGUUUCAGGAAACUGUUGCAGCCUUAGAAGCAAGUGGAACUGCUGAAAAGCACCAAUUAAGUGCUUUACAUCAACAACGAGUUCAGGAGUCAGUAAGACAAAGAAAUGAAGAUGCAAUGUCUUGUUAUACAGCAUCUUUGAAUGAAAUCCCUCCAAACAUGCAUCGUAUUCAGAAAUGUCUACAAAAGUUACUUCGUGCACUUCAUAAGGAUAGACACCACACAAUUGCUCAUUAUAAACAUCUGCUAGACAGCAGUAUUGAACAGGCACAAAGAGAAAAGUCAUCUACUCUAGAGCACUUAGCAGAAAUUAAUAAAGUAGCCAAUCAAAGUAUCCUGAUGUUAGAACGGUAUCCAGAACUAAGUGCAAAAAUUGGACAGUUAAUGGAUAAUUAUGUAUUGGCACUUCGAAGUAAGGAUGAAACACCAGGAUUAUUUUUAGCCAUGCCUAUGGAAGCAGAAGCAGCAAUUUUAGAUAAAUUUCAAGCUGAAGUUACUAGUAAACAACAAGAAAAGGAGCAUCAAAAGCAACUUGAGCGCGAAAGAAAAGAACAACGAAAGGCAGAACGAGGAGUACAAAGAUCUGAUAAAGAGAAACAUAAUGUAACCAAACCGGAUGUUGUUAAAGAAGAUGUACUAGGACAAGUUAAUGAGGAAUUGUCUCAAGUAGCUGCAGUGCACAGUGAGGGUGUUGUUCGUGCAUCUCAUAACAUGCUACAUGACAUUUCUCAUUCAGAAUCAAGUUACUCUGUAAGGCGUGAAAUUAUUCAUAGAGAAAGUAGGUCUCUAUACUAUACUUUAGCAUUUGCUGGAAUUGCAUUAACGGCUGCAGUUAUAGUUGGAGUUGCCAUUUUUAAAAGGCGCAACGCCAGAAAUCCACAUCGACAAGGGUUCAUUGAAGUCGAUCAAGCUGCAACACCUGAAGAAAGACAUGUGGCAAAUAUGCAGAUAAACGGUUACGAGAAUCCAACUUAUAAAUAUUUUGAAGUUAAAGAAUAAUAUUUCCUAAUCUUCAGUUGUUAACAGAAUGUUCUUUACGUUUGUCUUUAAUUAAUUAGAAUAUAUGACAUUUAAAAAUUCUUUAAGUAAUUAGGCAUAUAAUUGCGUCGAAAAGAGUACAUAUCUUUAAAGAACAGUGUUUUUUAAUGUAAUCAUUUAUUGAAUUUAAUAUCCUUUUUGGGAAUGAAAUGGAAUCAAACAUUUAAUAAAUCUGAACUGUUUUACUAAUGCCCAAGUUUGAUUCUCAAAUGAAAAAGUAAUAAUAUUUUUUAUCAGAUCCGUAUUUUUAAAUUUACCUAACUGCUCAUAUGCAUAUUUUUUUAAAAAAAUUUCAUAGGUUGGGUCAGUUCUUGUGAAUUGAGAAACUUACUUCAUUUUAAAAUAUUUACUAACAAAAAUAAAAAAAAAUUCAUUUACAUAUAUUAAAACAUAACCCAUAUUACAAAAAAUAUAUUUUAAUUGACAGAAAUGUUUAAAUCUUUUCAUUGUUUACUAUGUAGUGAUUAUAUUUUUCUGCAUUUCCGUUUAUUCAAGAAAAAAAUUUUUUUCGCACUUGAAGAGUUGGUGCCAUAUGAAUAGUAGUACAAACAAUCAAGAAUUUCGUAAAAAAUUUUUUUGAAAAUAACUGUAUUGGAUGAACUUGAUUGAAGGUUCGAUUCUAAACUUGACCUUCAAAGUUGAAAUUUUCUUUUACGCUUCAACAGAAUUUUUAAUUGUCACUAUUUAUUAUUAUUAUUAUUAUUAUUAUUAUUUAAUAAUAAAAGUGAAAUUAAAAAUAGUGUUACUACUUACUAUAGACAUUGCAUAAUUAUAGUUAAACUUAUAUCGUUUGUGAUUAUUUUUUUGAUUUCUUUUAGUUUUAAAAAUGAUUGUAAAAUGUUAAUAUUUAUUAUUGACAUCUAUUUAAGGUAUUUGUCUCGUAGAUUUGCUUUCGUCAGAUAUUUUUGAAAAUUAACUUGAGUAUUCUAAAGCUAUUUAUCAAUAUAAUAAAACCAAGCUGCUUAAAAUUGACCGUUUGUAAGUUUAAAAAUUGUAAAUCCAACUUUAUAAUUUACAUGCUUUUUGUGCCAAACCCAUAAAUAAUGUAACAUUUUAUUCUUUAAUUUUUGAAAGAAUCGUCAAGUUUUAAUAAAAAUCUAAUAUACGGGACAUUUUGAGGAAACAAUUGCAUACGAAUUUUAAAAAGAAAGAGUAGAGAUAUUUUAAAAUUGGUCAACACUGUAUAAAAUUUGUUAAUAGGAAAUAAUGUUUUUCAUAAUUUUGAAGCUUUAAAUGAAAAAACUUUUUUAAGGAUUUUCGAACAUGACAUCAUCGCGACAAAUACCUUAAGUAAAACUAAAUUUAUGCAAAGAUAACUUAAAACUACAUAUAUUAUUCUGUAUGUAAAAUUGUGUACUGUAUAAACGCAUUAUAGAAUUUUUGUAUUUAUCUUAAUUUUAUGUUUCCAAAUAAAGUUUUGUAUAACUUUCUAA